GAAGAAAACAUUAGACUUAUAACGGAUAGUUAUUAAUUGUUAAUUCUUCAAGCCCAAUUGAGAAGUUUUAGCCUACAACAUUUUGCCAUGUUGUAGUAACCCGUUUUCUUCUUGAAUGAAAUUCUACGUCACAUAUUCACACACCCUGAUGAUGGCGACUGAUAAAGAAAGUGCUUAAAUUAAAUGUUAAGAUUAAAAAUAGGAAUAUAAUGAGCCUGACCUUAAACAUUGUGAUUUGAGACGAACUGGGAGGUAAAUUGUGGGUGGUGUUUUAAAUUUAAUCUCGCUUGUUGUAAACAACAGACGAUCCCCAUUGACGGGGCUAUACAUGAUUGUGCGUUAGUGGCGCUAACUUGUAUAUACGUGAUACUCCGAAUAUAAACGUAAUUGCGAUUUGUUUUAAAACAGUAUUCAAUCAAAUGCUCUUACUUUUGUUAUGAAUAUAAGAUUAAGAGUACGCUUCAAUUUGCUUUCAUAACGAGUUGAUCAAAUACGGUUGAUAUCUACAUAAAAUGUCAAGCUCGACCUGGUUUUUCACAAAAACUUUACGAUUUUUUUAUUGAAAAAAAAAUCAAAUAUGUACAAUUCGAUCAGGCGAUCUACUGUUACCGUGCUCCAUGUGUGUUCAUUCCACUGUAAACAAUGAUCGUUUGGCUACGUUACACAGAACUCCAUACACGUUCCAUCACACGCAAGUGCACAGCAAAUUCUUCCAAACAUUGUGAAGCGAAACAAAUAGCAAACAAACAAACAACCAAAUGUUCCGAAGGGCAUCCAAGAAAGGAAAAAAAAUCUGUCAUAAAAAAGAGCUCAUCAAGCAUCAAGCUCGACAUUGUUUGGUCGGCGGUGCGUUGCCCAACCAACCUCAAAAACACACUUGUACCUUAACCACGAUAUGAUCCAACCAUCCCAUGUACAUGUGCGAAUGUCAACAGACCAGACAGUCGGGAGGUCGUUUGAAAUUUUUAUAAAUAAAAAUGUACAUUUUUUUGUUUUAGUUUUUUCGAUGCUUGUUCCUUCUACACUUGGGGAUGUUGUCUGCAACGGUGUUUUUUUUUCGCCCAUUCUUUUGGCUACGAUCAUUCACCACCGAGGCUAGACAGUGGUUUGUCAAAACGUUGUUAAAAGCCACCAAUGUGGGGGAUGAAGAAAAAAAACAACAUCUUUCAGAAUUAACAUGCAAACAGUCAGCAAAAUCAUUGACGAUCACCGAUUGCGCGACUACCGGACAGGCACAAGAUCAAAGCCAAUGAAAUGAGAAUCUUCCGUCUAAGUGGAACCGAUAUUUGAUCAUGCAAUUUAGUUGGCCGUAAACAGCAUCUUGACCAUGUUGGUGAAAUCGGUUUUUGCUUUCCCCGAUAGAUGACACACACGCUUUGAGCAAGCUGUCAGACAGCUGUAAACGGAUUGUGAGGAUUGAUUUAAUUUUUAUUACUUCCCAUCCCAAAAGCAUUUCGCCUCGGACCCAGCUCUGUGUGGUUCGUGUGGGUCUCCUAGAAGGUGAUUCAUUAGUUGUGUAAUAAAAAAUUGAGAUCGAAAAAGAGGGUCUCUUGUCAGCGAGCUUAUUUGAAUCUGCUUGACGCAAGUGUGUGAUGACGUCAGGGAAGAAAUUUUGCUCAUUGGAUACUGAUUUAUUAGAAGAUGUAGAUUGAAAUUAUAAAAAUCUGGAAAGUUUGUUAUUUAUACUGCAAUAGAUGGAAGGUAAAACGAAAUUUUCGGUUAAUAAAAGCAACUAUGUGUAUUAAUAGCACAACCUAGUUAAUUCUGACUACAAAAUUUACUGGAACGUUAAAGUACUUUGGUGAAAUUCUGAUAGACAUUACCGGCAUUCCACCGAAACGAUUCGGGGGACGAAUUUCAUUUGGAAACGAUCAUGUGUUGGAAUCAUUUCCAAAGAGAACAUUAAUGCGCAAAUCGAAACCACCAACGCUAGUAGUGAACCGAAUGUGGAGUAUCCACUUAGUAUUCGUUUAAAACAUUCCAAUACUAUUUGUGCGUCCGCGCUGUUACGCUUGUACAGAGCAAGAUACAAGUCUUAUGAAAGCAGCUGUCCACCUUUGUCGACCAUCAACAUUCUUUGUCGACAUUCCUUUGCCUUGAACGCGAUCGAUAGCAAGUGUCAUUUGAUUUUACGAUGGCGUCGCAAUAUUUCGGAAAAAAAAGUUAGUUGAUCCUAGGGUAUUUCUCUCUGUCUCUUUCCCCCUUUUACACUCUUUUGGUGGCCAUCUGGUGGUUUGAUGAUCACUCGACACUGAACAUGUGUUGUUGGGUUGGACGCGAAGUUGACGGAAAAAUUAAUCAGACCGUUCCCCUUUUGUGAUGUGUCUCAAAUGACAGAAGUAGUGAUUUGAAAGGUGUAACAUGAGUCCCUUUCUUGUAUGAAAAGAAUAUAUCCCUUCCGGAUAAAAUGUACUUCCAAACCAAGUUGUUUUUUUUUAAUGUUAACUUUUUGGUGAUUGUAUUCUGUCGCUACGAUACAAAUUGUUCAAUGCACGCAAUGUUGUCGGAUAUAUGAUACGAGAGCGAAGAUAUGUUUAUCCAUUUGCUCGGAAUAUAGACACGAAGGAGAGCAGCUCAGGGGUGCAGCGAGAAACAUAAAUCAAGAUUACAUUCUUGAAAUUGGAGAGGCGUUUUCACCCGAUACUACUUGGGGCUGGUCGAUGUGGGCGACUUUGUAGAACGCCGAAGAUGCUGGGGUUCUUGAGAGAAGUUUUUGAAGUUUGUAUAAACAAGAGAAACUGUGUUUCUCUCAUAUUUCUUAUGAAAUAAUGACGAAAAAGUACUCAAAUAAUGUAAUUUGUACCAUAAUGAAAUAUUUAACUGCAAUCUAAACUUACAACAUUGUUUUUAUCAUCAUCUUUUCGCGUUAGAAAAGGUCAUCUUUUGGCAAUAUUUGCUGAGAUUGUGCUGGAAAGAUGAUGGAGAGAUUACUUCAACUAAAAAAACAAACAGUAGACAAACGCCCUGUUGACUGGCGACAGAAUGGUUUGCUUUUUUUUGAGCAAAAUUUGAAAAAAUUCCCGUCGCGUUACCAAAGUGUCUCCCAUGCUCAUCCAUUAUCGGAUGGUCGGUAUGUUAUUUUAUUCAUGAAUCCAACCGAAAAAGUCAAUAAACAUUUAAUGUUUUGCAAUGGACAUCGUGUUCCUAAGUGACCAUCAACGGUAGACAACAUCAGGGAAUGCAAUUCAUUAACACAUAAUAGCUCAUCGUCAACACGAGAGGGGGAAUUGGGUAUAAAAAAAAAUGGUGGGAGCCCACUGAUUAUUGGGGUUGGGAGUAGUGUGCUACCAGUAAUAGAGUUAUGGAAAAACGAAAAGUGAAAAUAUGUAGUUCGUCUUUUGUACUCACCGUCUCAGGUCUCAGAACAAUGUUCCGGUAAGGUGUGCAUUUGCAACGCUAAUCUCGAACGGGCGCGGGUCGCCGUCUUUGUGUGAAAAGUGAACCAUAAAAUGACUGCCCAUGGUGCGCUAGUUGAUAUAUUCGGGUUAAAUUCGUGUGGUAACGAAGAAUUGAGGUUGAGGUUCGCGCAAAGAAAACAAUCAUACGGACCGACAGAUUGUGUUGUAGUUAGUUAAGAUGUUGUUUUGCAAGUGAGAAGCUAUAGGAGGGCAGCGCGAUUUCGCACUGACCGACAUCAAAUUGACACAAUCAGCAGCAGAAGAUGUGUCUCAGCAUUCGCCGUUUUUGCAUCGACUGCAAAGGAAAAUCCUCACGAACAGACGAUGAACAUUCCGGUGAACAACAGCAACAGCAGCAGCAGCAACAGCAUGGCGGUGUUACACGCCGCACGAAGGUGUCGAGCAUUUGUUUUGACGUGCCAGCCGCUGGGCUUGGCAAUCGUCCACCGAGCAUCAUCAGUAGCUCAACCACCACGGACGAAGGUGGCUUCAAUGAACCGUCGCCAGAGAUCAAAGCCAAACUUAAACCAGCCUACGAGUUUGAUCUCCCAUUGCCAGCGUCCCCGCCACGAAAGCUCCCGAUCGGCGAAGAUCGCUCCCCAGUCGGUAGCCCAGCGGAAGCGAAACUAACGUACGCCGACUUAGGCUAUCGAGUCCGGCCAGACGGUACAGAAUGUGAUGAAAUCUAUGGCGAGGUGGAUGUGUAUCGAAGUGCCAACACAAAUAGCAGUAUUAACGGAAAGCCACAUCCGGCCGGUAUUCCCAGUAAAGUGACGGCCCUUAACCGAUCUCAACCUUCCGGAGCGAGCGGUAACAACAUGCUGAAUGGACAAGGCAGUACACAGCUAGCGGAACCGCAAGUUCCCGGUGUCGCAUCAGCCGUUACCAAUGGACGAUCCGCAUCGACCGAUCGUGUACUUUACGCAUCCAUUCUACCGUCCUCUCUCGGUGACAAUAGCUCAACAACUACGACAGCCACCGACAGUGAACUAGCGUUCAUGGAUGGUGAACGAGACGAGGCCAAAAUACUGGACUUCGACGAGUUAAGCGAGAUGGGCGAGAAGGGUUACCAUAGUGCGCAGAUACUGCUCGAUCCGACACGAACCACGCUCAGUGAGCUGGAGGAUGAUUACAGUACGAAAACAUUACCCGAACCACCGUCCCUUGCCUCGAUGAGACCGCCCCCGAUUCCGGAAGGGCCACCGUUGAAUCUGCAAGACACGCUGAAGUUCGCAGAUGCAAGCGAUAAUGAGCAGGAUAGCCUGUUACCUGACGAGAUGACGGCGGAUGAAGCUGAGCGACUGCUAAGCUCCAGAAUAUUGGAGAACAAGAUCAGACAACGACCGCUGCUCUCAGAUGAACAGGCACGAGAAGUGGAACAAAUUCUCCUCAAUAAUCAAGCCAAAGCGGAAACGGAUGAACCAUCCCCACGGAUAGUGGCAAGCACUCGCCAACCUGUAUCAUCCGUUCCAGAACGCCAAUCUGCAGCAGGGCCAGCCACCAAACCGUCACAGCUUCCAUCGAUACCGGUCCCGCAAAAACAAGCUCCAACCACUGCCACAGCGGACGAGCCGGAUUGGCUAAAGGAUGUUCUGGAGGCACCGAAAAAUGUAACCUCCUCUUCGUCUACGGUGGGAUCUUCCAUGCGUGAUAAACCACCGCCGCCACCACCACCAACCAGCUCUAGCAGAAACAAUUCCACCACUAGUCAACCGGAGGACGCGAGCAUCGGCAACAACACGACCUGCGAUUUGCUUAACCAAACUAUUCUCGACUCCUCAUCUAUUCUUGCCGAUUCGUACGUCGACACUGGCGAUUCGAUACCAAGCGUUACAACCACCACCUCAGAUAGUGUUAAUCUGAGUAAGUUGGAGGAAUCUGCGGGUGAAACGGGUGCUAUAGAGGACGAUGGGGAGGCAACACAAGAAGAUGAAGGUCAGGAUGAGGAGAAGGAUAUGGUCAGCGGUCGUCAGGGAGCGAUACACCGACAGCAUGUAACCGGGGUUGGUGAUGCUGUCAGUGAGGCAGACGUUUCUGCCGACGAUGAGUCGAAUAAUUCGGCCGGGUUCUACAUUCCCGAAUAUCCGCCCAUACGCUGCAAGGAGGUGUACGUUAAUCCGGAUGGGGUGCAUUUCUUCGAGGAUGGUAACUUCUGGAUGGAGGUUCCAGGACUGAUAGAGGCGGAACGAGAGCUCGAUGAUGAUGAUUUGCGAGGGUACGUGAAAAAGAACACAAAGGUGAAAUUCAGCUCCAACCCAAUGCAAGUGUUUUCAACGUUCUCCGUAAAUGAUUACGAUCGACGAAAUGAGGACGUUGAUCCGGUAGCUGCCUCGGCUGAGUAUGAGCUGGAAAAGCGUGUCGAAAAGAUGGACGUUUUCCCGGUGGAACUGAUGAAGGGACCUGAGGGUUUGGGAUUGAGCAUAAUAGGUAUGGGUGUUGGAGCGGACGCUGGCUUGGAAAAGUUAGGCAUCUUCGUCAAAACCAUUACGGAUAAUGGUGCAGCAGCACGUGAUGGAAGAAUACAGGUGAACGAUCAAAUAAUUGAAGUCGAUGGUAAAAGUCUAGUCGGUGUUACGCAGGCGUACGCAGCGUCCGUUCUGCGCAACACUUCCGGGUUGGUACGGUUCCAAAUCGGACGCGAGCGAGACCCAGAAAACUCGGAAGUUGCUCAGCUGAUCCGCCAAAGUUUGCAGGCAGAUCGUGAAAAGGAGGAACGCGUUAAGCGACAGCUAGAAGAUUAUAUUCGUCGAAAUGCAGAAAUCUCCGAAGAUAGUACGUUACCGGUAUCGGCGAAUUCAAGUGUUUCGGAAGGUCCCGUCAGUCCGACGACGAAUGCCGCCGAAUCACUGUUCGAAACAGAGGCCGCAAGAAGCAGUGACGUUGAGUCGUUGCGUCGGAUCCUACAGGAGAACCUUAAAACCAUUGCACUGCAUGAGGGCGACAUUCUGAACCUGAAACAACAGCUCAUUAAAUAUCAGCAGACCUGCAACGAGGCAGAACUGCUGAAUGAGCGUGUGAAGCAAACGGAACGUGAACUGGCCAACAUUAAAAAGGAAGCCAACAACUAUCAGAACAUGCUGCAGCAAUCGCAGGCACAGUAUUUGGUGCUGGAAAAGAAGUACAGCCGGGUUAAGAAAAUACUGCGCGACUAUCAGCACCGGGAAAGGGAUAUGAUUCAGUUCCAGGAAUAUUAUUUGCAGCAUCUGCAAGAGAAAGACACCGAGUACAAUGCGCUGGUAAAGAAGUUAAAGGAUCGUGUCAUCAGCCUUGAGCAAGAGCUGCAAGAAACGCAGCGAAAAGCCGGCUUUCCGGUGAUACUGCCGUAUGACAGUGCCAGCCUGAAGCUGACGCCUCAGAUGUCCCGCCGCCAGCCACCCAAACCCGUCUUCCAGAAGCUGGAAACGGAUCUUUCCGAUACCGAGUUCAGUGAUCUUUCGCCGGACGGUGAAGGUGAGGACGGCAAAACAGCCACUGUCGAGCGCAAGGUGCCUCCGUCGGCUAAAGACGAUGAUCUAGACGUUGCCGUGCCGCAGCAUGAGUUGCUGGAUAAUUCACUGAACAAAGGGAAGAGCGAUUUGGUAGCGCGAGGUGGUCUAGCGAAGCGUAAUCUGCCAGGCAAACGGAGUCACAGCAAUAGCGGUUCAGAUUGUGCUCUGGACGAAAGCGACGAAGAGGGUCAUAUAACGAGGAGCACAACCGGUACGGAAGGUUCGCACGAGUACAGUGGGCUGUACAGUACGCCGCAGAUCAUGAAUCGUAAGGUGGCCACACUGAAGGGAGAAGAUUCUGGUCCGCCAGUGUACGCCCAGGUGAACAAGGACCGCAGUUCCACUGGGGGCCACACAGAUCAACAGCAACACACCACGAUUCCAAACAUUUACCGUGCCGCUGUUGGGUCGGAUAAUGGGAAACUAAACUCGAGCUACGGUUCCGAUCUGAAUGCAUCUUCGUACGACAGUGAUCUCGGUUCGUCGACGGAUAAGCUGAAGGAUAGUGGACUAUCGAGCGAUAGCUGGAUGUACCCAAGCCGACGGCCGAAGGGUCUAAAGGGCAUUACGCCACCGUUGUUAGCGGAGCAGCUGAAGGAACGGCUGGCGGAACGCGAAGGUCGUCGUGGUUCCGGUGGUGGUUUGAUCGACGAUGGUUCAUCGCGUGACUCUAGCGAUGAUUACUCCGAAAUCAACCAACAGCAAAGACACAUCAGUCCAGCAGCAUCGUUGUCGCAAAAUUUGUUGGUGGAAAUCAAGAAAGCUGUCAACGAAGCACAACCGAAAGUGAAAAACAUACUUCCACAAAAUUUAUCUCCUCCAGGCGGAAAUGGUCCAUGGCAGCAGCAGCCACAGCAACACCAGCAGGGACAAUCCACCAGCGGUGGUCCGACAACAGGAUCGCAGGGCCCUCCAUCACCGUCGAGCGUCUCGAGCGGAUCGACCUCACCCGGUGCUUACUCGCCGAGCCGUACGCUCGACCUUUCCGGUUCAACGUCCAGCUUCUCGAGCGAUCGAAUCCGUGAUACACAUCAGUGGAAAAAUGGUCCCGUUGAAGAGUGGUCAAACGAACAGGUAUGUCAAUGGUUGCUCGGCAUCGGUCUCGACCAUCAUAUACCGGCCUUCAUGCAGCACUCGGUCGAGGGUGGUGCACUGCUACAGCUCGACAAGCCCGAUUUCAAGAUAUUGAACGUGGGCGGAGACGACAAGAAGUUAUUAAAACGUAACAUUAAGGAACUGCGCCGGCUGAACGAAAAAGAACGCAAACAGAACGAAAAGGAGCGGCGCGAGCGCGAAAAACUGUUCAAAAAAGCAGAAAAGAAAGCUGAAAAGGAGCAAAAAAAGCGAUACCAGAAGUAAGGCGGCGCGUGCAAACAUUUGGAAGACAUGCAUUUAGAAGAGAACUCGUUUUAUGAGAUACGGUUCGGGUAGGGAAAAUGGUUACGAAACGCGCCUUUUUGUACUCAUUUCCAUCGGUUAAUUUGGCUGAAGAGCACAAGAAGGAAGGAAGUGUACUCGUGUAUAAUUGCUAGAAUGGUUAUGCAAGUAUGACAAAAGAGACAUUUGCAAUGAAACGCUAUGCAGGAUGCGGAAUAAGUAUUACUCGCACGAUGUAUCAUGUGUAUUGCCCCAUAUGGUUGUGUUGUUCUCCCCCACACAAAAUGCCGAACAGGAAAACAAAUCCCAUUUAGAACAAAAAAGUGUAUUUAGUUAAUUGUAAAAGUUACUGUGUUUAGUUUUUUUUUGUGAAUAGUAUACUAAAGAGGAAGGACGAGAUACAUAUGGAGGUAUUUGUUUACCUUUACAAAACAUUUUAGUUAGUUUUUUUGUUUUUCCUAUGUUUAAGACGUGUGUAGUUUUUUUAUUUAAGUUUUCGUUUUAAUUAUAAAACAUAUUUUGAGUUCGCGUGUGUUGGCUAUAAUUUAUUUAUUUAAAUUGAUAUUGCAUGCUACAGCGAUUCCCGUGCACUGUGCGGGAAAACCAUACUCCGUGUUAAAACUCGCAUGCUAAGCAAAAGGUUCUAGAAAAAAAUAAUAAAAAUUAACCAUGGUAGCUAUGAUCAAAAAUAUCUUUAAAGUAAAGCAAUUUACUGCUUCAUACUGUACUGGGGCCUGUUGUUUUGGUACCUACUCAGCGUGCAACGGAGAGGCAACCGUAGCACCAGCCGCUUUACAUUCGUCUUUGUACUGGGAACGGUUAGAUCCGGAUAGAAGCGAAACAAAAAGAAAAUAGGAAAGAAUCUACCUUUCUAGCGAUCUGCCGUUAAACAGGAUGAAAGUGCACUAUUAAGCUUAGUUGAGUAGCGAUUUGAGAACUUCGUAUGAUCAUUUAUUAAUUAAGAUCCGCAGGCCAAAUGGCGCCACAGACAGAAACAGACAGUGCAACAAGGUACACAAAUGUAACGAUUGUAUGAUGUAAUCAUUAUUGAUAGAAGAAAACAACUCCAAAACGUAAAGCAAACGCGUGUGCGUGUGGCUGGUUAGUUCGAAUGAUGGAUUGGCAGGUGCCGCCCGUGUGUGAGUGAAUGUGUGUCAUAAGAAUUAAUCGGCCCCCAAAAAAUACAUGGUGGACACGUUGUGCAGCACCGAUUUAAACCAAACCGUGCACAUCACCAACUUCCUAUCCUUCCUCCUCCUUCCGCAAGGAAAUGCACUUUCUAUCAUCGUUGUAGUGAAUUAGAUUAGGCGGAAAUGAAAACAAAAAAAUAAAUUGUAGUGAAAAUGAUAUUUUUUUUGCAAAACAAUUGUAAGUACAGGAGACACAUACGCAAGUAUAAUAUGCAUAAGUAACGAGUAAAUGAUUAGUUUGUUUGCAACAACUGGAAGCUGCAGCAAUCGGAUAAGAUUAACGAUCACGAUAAUAAAUUGUGACAGUCGAUCAGGUU